CGUUGAAUUUAUAUAAAUAAUAAAUAGUAAAGCUAGCGUGAGCAUUAAGAAAGAUGUCAAACAUAACCGCUGCGGUAAUUGCUAACCGUAACAAGAAGCACUUUCUUGGAGUGCCGGCGCCGCUUGGCUACGUUGCCGGCGUGGGACGCGGCGCCACUGGUUUCACUACACGUUCGGAUAUUGGUCCGGCGCGCGAUGCCAAUGAUGUGUCCGACGAUCGACAUGCGCCACCAGCCACCAAGCGCAAGAAGAAGGACGAAGAGGAGGAGGAGGAUGAGGAUUUAAAUGAUUCCAAUUAUGAUGAGUUUAGUGGCUACAGUGGCUCUCUCUUCUCCAAGGACCCGUACGAUAAGGAUGACGAAGAGGCGGACGCCAUUUACGAUUCAAUUGAGAAGCGCAUGGAUGAGAAACGCAAAGAGUAUCGCGAUCGACGUCUGCGUGAAGAUUUGGAGCGAUAUCGCCAGGAGCGUCCUAAAAUUCAGCAACAAUUCAGCGAUCUCAAGCGUUCGCUGGCCACGGUCACCACGGAGGAAUGGUCCACGAUACCCGAGGUAGGCGACAGUCGCAAUCGGAAGCAGCGGAAUCCACGUGCCGAGAAAUUUACACCACUGCCGGAUAGCGUUCUCUCCCGCAAUCUGGGCGGCGAGACAGCUGCCAGCUUGGAUGCCAGCUCCGGGCUGGCUUCGAUGGUGCCCGGCGUGGCCACGCCCGGCAUGUUGACGCCCACCGGCGAUUUGGAUUUGCGUAAAAUUGGUCAGGCGCGAAAUACUCUAAUGAAUGUGAAGCUAUCUCAGGUUUCUGACUCGGUGACGGGCCAAACAGUCGUCGAUCCCAAGGGUUAUCUGACCGAUCUGCAGAGCAUGAUACCCACCUAUGGCGGCGACAUCAACGAUAUUAAAAAGGCCCGCCUGCUGCUGAAGAGCGUGCGCGAAACGAAUCCCAAUCAUCCGCCUGCCUGGAUAGCAUCAGCCCGCCUGGAGGAGGUCACCGGCAAGGUGCAAAUGGCUCGUAAUCUUAUUAUGCGUGGCUGUGAGAUGAAUCCCCAGUCAGAGGAUCUCUGGCUGGAGGCUGCACGUCUGCAGCCGCCGGACACAGCCAAAGCGGUAAUUGCCCAGGCGGCGCGACACAUUCCCACCUCGGUGCGCAUCUGGAUCAAGGCCGCCGAUCUGGAAACGGAGACGAAAGCGAAGCGAAGAGUUUUUCGCAAAGCACUCGAGCACAUACCGAAUUCGGUGCGUCUGUGGAAGGCAGCGGUUGAGCUGGAGAAUCCGGAUGAUGCACGCAUUCUGCUCUCCCGUGCCGUCGAGUGCUGCAACACCAGUGUGGAAUUGUGGUUAGCCUUGGCUCGGCUGGAGACGUAUGAGAAUGCGCGCAAGGUGCUGAACAAGGCGCGAGAGAAUAUACCCACAGAUCGACAGAUUUGGACAACGGCCGCCAAGCUGGAGGAGGCCAAUGGCAACAUACACAUGGUCGAGAAAAUUGUCGAUCGUUCGCUGACAUCGCUGACGGCAAACGGGGUGGAGAUCAAUCGGGAUCACUGGUUCCAGGAGGCCAUCGAGGCAGAGAAAUCGGGCGCAGUCAAUUGUUGCCAGGCAAUUGUUAAAGCUGUCAUAGGCAUUGGUGUCGAGGAGGAGGAUCGCAAACAGACCUGGAUCGAUGAUGCCGAUUUUUGUGCCAAGGAGAAUGCUUUCGAGUGUGCACGCGCCGUUUAUGCCCAUGCGCUGCAAAUGUUUCCCUCGAAGAAGAGCAUUUGGCUGCGUGCCGCAUACUUUGAGAAGAAUCAUGGCACACGCGAAUCCUUGGAGGCUUUGCUGCAGCGCGCCGUUGCCCAUUGUCCCAAAUCGGAGAUACUCUGGCUGAUGGGUGCCAAGUCGAAAUGGAUGGCUGGCGAUGUGCCCGCUGCCCGUGGCAUAUUGUCGUUGGCCUUCCAAGCGAAUCCCAAUUCGGAGGAUAUUUGGCUGGCUGCCGUCAAGCUGGAGUCGGAGAACUCGGAAUAUGAGCGAGCCCGCCGCCUGCUGGCCAAGGCACGUGGAUCGGCGCCGACGCCCCGUGUUAUGAUGAAAUCGGCCCGUUUGGAAUGGGCACUGGAGCGUUUCGAUGAGGCGCUGCGUCUGCUCGCCGAGGCCGUUGAGGUUUUUCCCGAGUUCCCCAAACUGUGGAUGAUGAAGGGCCAGAUUGAGGAGCAGCAGCGACGCACUGACGAUGCGGCCGCAACCUAUACGCUGGCACUGAAAAAAUGCCCCACCUCGAUACCCCUGUGGAUACUCUCCGCCAAUUUGGAGGAGCGCAAAGGUGUCCUCACCAAAGCACGCUCGAUCUUGGAACGUGGAAGGCUGCGCAAUCCGAAGAUCGCUGUACUCUGGAUGGAGGCGAUACGUGUGGAGUUGCGAGCGGGUCUCAAAGAGAUUGCCAGCACAAUGAUGGCGCGUGCGCUGCAAGAGUGUCCCAACGCUGGUGAGCUGUGGGCCGAGGCCAUCUUCAUGGAGACGAAGCCGCAGAGGAAAACCAAAUCGGUGGAUGCACUCAAGAAAUGCGAACACGAUCCGCACGUACUGUUGGCCGUGUCCAAGCUGUUCUGGUCGGAGCACAAGUUCUCCAAGUGCCGCGAUUGGUUCAAUCGAACAGUGAAAAUUGAUCCGGAUUUGGGCGAUGCCUGGGCAUAUUUCUACAAAUUUGAGCUGCUUCAUGGCACGGAGCAGCAGCAGCAGGAGGUGCUCGAGCGUUGCAUUGCCGCCGAGCCGACCCACGGCGAGUCCUGGUGCAGUGUGAGCAAGUGCAUCCGCAACUGGCAGUUCAAAACGCCCGAUGUUCUACGUGCGGUCGUCCAACAGCUAACCAUACCCAUUUAAAGUGCACAUCCAAUAAAGAUCAAAUCAGUUAA